AUGAAAAACAAAUAUACUCCUAUUUCGGAUUCUGAUGACUCUUCCAAAACGCUCAAUGAUGAAAAGGUAGAUAGUCAGUCGUCUCCUUCUGAUGGUACGCCUCCUCCGUAUUCAGCUUCAACCAAAUUUAUUGAUCUCGAAAUGGCUCCUGAAACAGAAGAAAGUUCUAAGAAGAAAAGAUAUCUGACGCCUCGUGAAUUAGCAAUUGUUUUUGCUAUUUUUAUUGUAUAUAAUGUAUGCUUGAUUAUUGCGAGGGUCAUUCUUCUUGUUUAUGAAAUAUGGUUUAAUCAGCUUGCCGUUUGGGUACUUUUUGGCGUUUGGUGCGCUCUAUUUCUGUCAUUGACAAUUGUAAUAACUCAAAUGCCUAAAGAAUGGUUCACGCAAGCUGGAAGAGCAACCAAAAACGUAUUGUCAGCUAUGUGUAUCUCAGUAUUAUGUGUGUGUUUUCUCGAUGUCCUCGGUUUCACUGCGUAUUAUGCUGCAAAGAAGUUCACAGGAUUUGAAAAGAUAAACAACAAUUUUUUCUAUGCUGUUUGUUUUGUUAACUUUGUCUUGUUUCUUUAUUUGACGAUGAAUGCAAAUGCGCGUGAACGACUUAGAUUAGUAGUCGUCGAUAUGGGAAACGGCAUAGGAAGCGGCAUAAAUGGCUUAGGAAACGGAAUAGGAAGCGGCAUAGGAAAUGCUGUGGAUCAUAUGUUCGAAGGGACAAAUCGAAGAGAUGAAGCACCUCGUAACGAAGAAAUUGAACUUCAACCUCUUGCUGAGCAAAGGGCUGAAGUUUGA